UUCCAGUGUGUUGGGAGGUAGCACAAUGAUCGAAUGCUUCUUAGGUGAUGAAAAUCGUGAAAUCGACGAGUUGAUUUUUAUUCAUCGUUUCACGUUUACUAUCGCAUACGUGGAUACUCGUAUUCAUUCAGCAACAUUUUCUUCAACAUACGGCAGUCGUUCUAUCGACUGGUUCUUCGAUAUAUCAUGUGAUCGGCGAGCUCCGCAAGUACGCCUUGCACAGCGACGAAUGCGAAUUGAUGAAGCUUAUCCGCCCGGAACAAUACUUUUCAAGUACCAUGCCGUUUCCAGAAACUACGAGCAAUCGAGGGAAAUGGAACUAGAGGAGAGGGCGUUUAGCGGACUGUUCGUCGUCCCCGAAGACAGCCAGUUCUUCCUUUCAAUGUUUGGAGCUCUUCACUCACAAGCUUUUGAUGGUGGAGAAAUAGUUCUUAUGAUGAAGCUUGUUUUCAAAAGUAAAGACUUCUUCACUACAUUGCGACGUCGUGAAACUAUCCCACCCUCAUGUGUAGCUCCAGACGAUCCCCGCUCCUUGGCAUUAAACGAGAUCCUCACAAGUCAAAGAGAUUUCAAAAUAACAGCAAAUAACGGCGAAAUACGAACCUCCAAAUAUUUGCUUUAUUUAUCAACCAAUUUCUUCAACGAGCUUAUUACGAGCAAUCCAUUCGUAACUUCAACUUCUCUCGAUUUUGACUACGAUAUUAUUGAAAAGGUCCUUGAAUUUGCCUUCAUGGGAACCUAUGACUUGGAUGUCUAUCAGAUUGAUAAAGUACGAAAGUUCUUGCAAUGUAUCAGGAAAAUAAAGCCACUAAAACAAAACGAGAUUAUCAAUCACGUAUCAGAAAGACUUAACCAGAUCCUCAUUAAGAACUGGCAAAAAGUAAGUUUAGAUGAUGCUGUGAAGAUGUUGGAUAUCGCCUAUGAACAGCAGUUUGCAAAUCUUUUAGAUUCAGCAAUGAAUCUCGUUGUCGACCAACACUUUCUCGAUUUCCGACUGGAGUAUAACGAACAUUCGGAAGGCGAGAACGGAGCAUUAUUCCAACGCUUGAAUCAUUCCGAGAUCGCUGAUUUUUUGGCUCCAACAAACGUCAUGCUCGCUAGUUAUCGUAAACGAGGCACAGUGACAAGGAUUCUAAAGUACAAAUCCAAAACACCUUCGAAAAGAGAGUUUGUGGAAUAGAA